CCCUCGCGGCACCUCCCAGGCGGCCCGCCGGGUUCCGGAGUCGCGGUGCGCGCGGGCGCGGCGGCGCUCGGAUCGGGUUGUGAGAGCAGGAGGCUCUGGUGAGCAGGUGCGAGGAUUGGAACCUGGAGAUGAGCAUACACAGGGAUGCGCACUGGGUGGGCCAGCUGACCCGUCGCUGAGGCGGGCCCCCAGGCUGGGCCUGCGCCCCUGGCUGGGCAUGCGCCUGUCAGUGCGCAGGGCGCUGCUGGCGGCAGGCUGUGCCUUGGCCCUGGUGCUGGCUGCACAGCUCGGACAGCAGGUCCUGGAGUGCCGUGCAGUGCUGGGUGGCCGGCGUAGCCCACGGAGGAUGCGGCCGGAGCAGGAGGAGCUGGUAAUGCUGGGCGCCGACCACGUGGAGUACCGCUAUGGAAAGGCCAUGCCACUCAUCUUUGUGGGCGGCGUACCCCGCAGCGGCACCACGCUCAUGCGCGCCAUGUUGGAUGCACACCCCGAGGUGCGCUGCGGGGAGGAGACGCGCAUCAUCCCUCGAGUGCUGGCUAUGCGGCAGGCCUGGUCCAAGUCCGGCCGUGAGAAGCUGCGACUGGACGAGGCAGGCGUGACGGACGAGGUGCUAGACGCUGCCAUGCAGGCCUUUAUCCUGGAGGUGAUUGCCAAGCAUGGGGAGCCGGCGCAUGUGCUGUGCAACAAGGACCCCUUCACGCUCAAGUCCUCCGUCUACCUGUCCCGCCUGUUCCCCAACUCCAAGUUUCUGCUGAUGGUGCGCGAUGGCCGGGCCUCUGUACACUCUAUGAUCACGCGCAAGGUCACCAUCGCGGGCUUCGACCUCAGCAGCUACCGCGACUGCCUCACCAAGUGGAACAAGGCCAUUGAGGUGAUGUACGCCCAGUGCAUGGAGGUCGGCAGGGACAAGUGCCUGCCCGUGUACUACGAGCAGCUAGUGCUGCACCCGCGGCACUCGCUCAAGCGCAUCUUGGACUUCCUGGGCAUCCCCUGGAGCGAUGCAGUCCUGCACCACGAGGACCUCAUCGGCAAGCCCGGGGGCGUCUCUCUGUCCAAGAUUGAGCGGUCCACUGACCAGGUCAUCAAACCUGUGAAUUUGGAAGCACUCUCCAAGUGGACUGGCCACAUCCCUGGGGACGUGGUGAGGGACAUGGCUCAAAUUGCCCCCAUGCUGGCUCGGCUUGGCUAUGACCCAUAUGCAAACCCACCCAACUAUGGAAAUCCUGACCCCAUUGUCAUCAACAACACACACAGGGUCUUAAAAGGAGACUAUAAAACACCAGCCAAUCUGAAAGGAUAUUUUCAGGUGAACCAGAACAGCACCUCUCCCCACCUGGGAAGUGCAUGAUUUCCAGAUCUCUGCCGGGGCUCAGCCACUGAGAAGAGAAGCAUCUGUCUGUGGAAAUCGGGCUCUAAUCCAAGCAUAUUGCUUGCUCUCUGUUGCUGAAGCUGGUGAGGAGCACAUUUGCUCAUUUUGGUGAAAACGGACUUAACCCUCCGCCUUCACGAGCUCCAGGUGGACAGCACACAGUAUGGAAGCAGUCCAGUUUUGGAAACUUAGGAAUUUUCUAUUUUUCCCCUCAAGAACUUUUUUUUAAGAAAUGAAUUUGCCAUCAUCCCUAGGGGGAAGGCUGCCUCAGCAGCUCAUUCCUGGGGCACCCCGUAACCUGUGCCUAUCCUCGACCUGGAAUUUGAACUCAGAGGAUCUAUUUAAGAGUUUAAUAUAUGGGCUAUCUUUGAUUCUUCAGUCCUACUCAGUUUCACAGAGAAAAGAACUUAUUUGAAUAAAGUAGACAGAGGCUGUCCGUCUGUGCCUUACUUCA